GCGGGAGAGGGGACGGCCACGUGUCCCUGCGCGGCGGGCCGGAGGCCCGGGACUGACCCCGCGCCUGGAGUUGCGAGGGACACGUGGUCGUCGCGCCGGCCACGGGUCCCUGCCCUGGUGAGCCGCUACCCUCCGGGGCCUGAGUUCCCCCGUGAAGCGGGACUUCGGACCCCCGGACCCUGCGCGCGCCCGGCGGCCGCUCUCGCCGCGGCCCUUCCUGCCCCGGAUCGCCCCCCGGCUUAGGGCAGCCCUGGCUGGAGGGGACUGCGUCUCACCUCUUCCGAACCACGUCAGUGGGGAUUCUGAGCCGGAAGCUGUUGGGAAGGUGGACAGCGGAUUGUGUUUAUCAGAACAUUUCCACUGCUGCACCGGGGGCACACGCAUCUUCCCCAGGACUUGGAAUUCCGGAGAAUUGCCUUUGUGAGAAGCUGGCAGUAAUUUCUUUAAAUUCCAUCUCUUAGUUUUCCAUUUUGUUACAUUUCAAGGAACUUCAAGAAACCAUGAACAACUUUAGUAAUGCAGAGUUAGACUGCCAUUUCCUCGAUGAAGGCUUUACUGCCAAGGAUAUUCUGGACCAAAAAAUUAAUGAAGUUUCAUCUUCGGAUGAUAAGGAUGCCUUCUAUGUCGCCGACCUUGGAGACAUUCUAAAGAAACAUCUGAGAUGGUUAAAAGCUCUUCCUCGGGUCAGCCCCUUUUAUGCAGUCAAAUGCAACGAUAGCAGAACCAUAGUGAAGACCCUCGCUACCAUUGGGACAGGAUUUGACUGUGCCAGCAAGACUGAGAUACAGUUGGUACAAAGUCUCGGGGUGCCUCCAGAGAGGAUUAUCUAUGCAAAUCCUUGUAAACAAGUGUCUCAGAUUAAGUACGCUGCCAACAAUGGAGUCCAGAUGAUGACUUUUGAUAGUGAAGUUGAGUUGAUGAAAGUUGCCAGGGCGCAUCCAAAGGCAAAGUUGGUUUUGCGGAUUGCCACUGAUGAUUCCAAAGCAGUCUGUCGCCUCAGUGUUAAAUUUGGUGCCACACUCAAAACCAGCAGGCUUCUUUUGGAACGGGCAAGAGAGCUAAAUAUUGAUGUCAUCGGUGUCAGCUUCCACGUGGGAAGUGGCUGCACGGAUCCUGAGACCUUUGUACAAGCGAUCUCUGAUGCCCGCUGUGUCUUUGACAUGGGAGCUGAGUUUGGUUUCAACAUGUAUCUGCUUGAUAUCGGUGGUGGCUUUCCUGGAUCUGAGGAUGUAAAGCUUAAAUUUGAAGAGAUCACCAGUGUUAUCAACCCAGCCCUGGACAAGUACUUCCCGGCCGACUCGGGAGUGAGAAUCAUAGCCGAGCCCGGCAGAUACUACGUUGCAUCAGCCUUCACGCUCGCAGUUAACAUCAUUGCCAAAAAACUCGUAUUAAAGGAACAGACAGGCUCUGAUGAUGAAGACGAGUCGAGUGAACAAACCUUUAUGUAUUACGUGAACGAUGGAGUGUACGGAUCAUUCAAUUGUAUCCUCUAUGAUCACGCGCACGUGAAGCCCCUUCUGCAGAAGAGACCCAAACCGGAUGAGAAGUACUAUUCAACUAGCAUAUGGGGACCAACAUGUGACGGCCUGGAUCGCAUUGUCGAGCGCUGCGACUUGCCCGAGAUGCACGUGGGCGAUUGGAUGGUCUUUGAAAACAUGGGUGCUUACACUGUGGCUGCUGCUUCGACCUUCAAUGGAUUCCAGAGGCCAACUAUCUACUAUGUGAUGUCGGGACCGACAUGGCAACUGAGGCAGCAGAUCCGGAACCACGACUUCCCAGCCGAGGCGGAGGAGCAGGACGUCAGCACCCUGCCCGUGUCCUGCGCCCGGGAGAGCGGGCUGAAGCGCCCCCCGGCCGCCUGCGCUUCGGCCAGCAUUAACGUGUAGGUGCCACUCCUGUAGCUGUUACCUUCGAGUUUAGCUUGAAUUGGGGGAUUUGGGGGGACCGUUUAACUUCAUUCCUGCUCGUUUUGAAAUGUCUGUAAGUAGGGUUGGCACAGAUUCAACAAUAUGGAAGACUAGGCGAUGGGGUCACUUAUCUGUGUUCCUAUGGAAACUAUUUGAAUAUUUGUUUUAUAUGGAUUUUUAUGCAAUUUUCAAACAUAAUACUAAGGCGUGCCCCUCCGCUGCUGAGCAAGCGUUUGUAGCUUGUACGUUGGCAGAACGGGCCGAAAGCUUAGUGUUGUGACCUGUUUUAAAAAUAAAGUAUCUUGAAAUAAUGAGG